AUCCUGAUAUGGGCGCCUCUCAUUCUCACAUAUUUGAUCCUACGGUCGUUUGUUUUUCUAGGUUGAAAGUACAUUUUGACCACGAGGUCAUUACUUCAAUUAGGCCUUCGUUAUGGGUAACGUUUUUGACGCGUCUUGGCGCGUGACAAGCUGAACAUUCUCUCGGUGUCGGCGGACGGAAAGCGCCUGUUUAUUGGUUCUAAUUCUUCGAUCUAUUGUUACAAAACGGACGAUGAGGGGCUGCCGUUUCAAAGGUUGUACAGAAUCCAUUAUGGGAAUCAGGAUGGCAUUAAUUACAUGCGGUGUCAAAUUAUUGCUGGGAUCAGUUGUCUGAUUUCGGUGCAUGACUCUGGAGUGAUCAGAAUAUGGGAGAUAGAAAACAUGCAGAAGUCGCCGAUUGUGCUCUACAACGAUGAGUCCGUCUGGUCGUUUGCUGCCCAUGCGGACAGUUCUCAGGUGUUUGCUGGGUCGAAUGCGCAUCGAGUUACGCGCUGGGACUUUGGGUUGCGAGCGCCCGAAUGACACGUUCAAGACUUUUGGGAUGCAUGAGCACAACUUACCGUGCAUUGACGUCUCGCCGUGCGGGGAGUACUUGUUGACGGUGAGCAUUGACCGGUCUGUGCGGAUUUGGCAUCUUCGGAGCGGGAGGGAGGUGGCGAAGAAGUCGUUUGUUCACUGGGGUUGGUGUUGUCUUUGGUUGAGGAAGGAGGACGUGAUGACGUACGAGGAGCCGAGUUUGCUGGCUUGGGCGCUGGAUUUGCCGGAGGAGGUUAUGAGGAUGACUGAGGAGGAGGAGGAACGCCGCUUGGAGCGAGAUGACGUGAUAGAAGGGUAUGAGAGAGAGAUGGGAAAGGAUUUGUCGCAUUAUCGAGCGACGAGAGAGGUGUUGAAGGAGUUGAAAGAGGACAGGGGGCUGCAAGAGGUGAGGGAGGGGGGUGGGGAUAAGAGGCAUGAUGUUGGUGGCGCGGUAGACGAGCAUCGUGUAUUAGAUGAUUCGCGUGUCGGAGAAGAGGAGGAACAGGCGGACGAGGUGAUUCUGAGUGAUUUUUUUAUGCAGGCGUUAUCUAAUCGGAGGAACGUUAACAACAAUGAAGGCCGGAUGGCGGAAGAUGGCGUGGGUUUCCCGAUUUACGACAUGAGCUUUGUGUUAGGAGACUUGAAUGAUGAUGAGUUGCAUGCGCUUCUCAGCUUCCGUCAGCUUAGCCACCAAUUUGAACAGCUUGUUGACAUGCAACAGCAGUUGCCGGUUGUCAAUACAACGUUCGUCGAGAUCUCGCAAUCCAGGGGGUCGAUUUCUUUCGAUAAGGGGGCGCCUGCGCGGAAGUCCCAAGCGUGGCCGGAAGAUGCAUCGUCCGACGGUUUGUCGGUACACAAAAAUCUCCCAUCUUCUCAAUUUUUAAUUUUGUGUAGCACUGUACGUACUUUGUUGCUCCUGGACCACAGCUUGCAGACGCUCGCAUCGCUUUCCCAGCCGUUCAGUCAACGCACGUCGCUUCGCGUGUCAGACGGGAUGAAGAAGAUCUCCAUUCUGCUCUUCAUAGCGGAGCUCAGCCCUCAUCGUGGCUGGGGACCAAGGUAGCUGCGCCGCGCUGCUCAUCACCAUCAGGUACAACUCGCACCUGGAGAGAUAUGAGCUCAUUCCGGAAAAGUGUAUCAGCAAGUUCAACCUGCCUAUCGUGGGUAUCGCUUGUCACAAAAUUGAAAUGCACAAUCCGCCCUCGUACAAGUUGUACAUUCUGUUUUACAGCGGCCUUCUUCAAGUCUAUACCGUCACGCUGAAUCAGACGCCCGGCGCGUCCUCGUGAGCAGCCUUCGUUGUAAAAAAAGAAGAAGUCCCCCCCGUCACCACGACAAUGGUCAAACUACAUCCGCUACACGGAACUCGGCUCGCGUUUGACAGCUGCGCGCCCAAUACCUCAUACUCCCCUCCGCAUCGACAAUCGUAGGCGUAUAGCGUCUCGCCAUGGCCCACAAUUACUUUCCUCAUCUCCUCCCAACUUCACCACUUCCU